UCAUUUCGAUGAGAGUGAAAAUUUUCUCAAGAAACUUUUGCCUCCUCAAUAAUUGAUAAAUUUAAUUAGCUUUCCCAGCGUGAAACAGUGAUAGGGACACAAAGGGACUCUCCGCAGUGCCAGUGACGUGUCACAGAUGUGUUGUGCGUCCUGAUUUCCGUGCGUGUUCGCGGAAAAUCUGUUGUGUGACCAUUGUUGGUGUUGUCAAAAAAGUGAUGCAUUUUGGUGGUGGUUUUUCCUAGAGAAAGACACCCUUUUCCCCGGACAAUCCGAGCAUUUUUCACGUGCCACAGCACCAGCGGGUGGAAGCGGAGGCCCAGCAGUGCACCAUGGGGCUCCUCUUUGCGAAACUGUGGAGUCUCUUCGGGAACGAAGAACACAAAUUAGUAAUGGUUGGCCUGGAUAAUGCGGGUAAAACGACCAUCCUCUAUCAAUAUCUAAUGAAUGAAGUCGUUCAUACGAGUCCAACGAUUGGAUCCAAUGUCGAAGAGGUCGUUUUUAGGAAUAUUCACUUUAUCGUGUGGGAUUUAGGCGGCCAGCAGAGUCUUCGGGCGGCCUGGAGCACGUACUAUACAAACACAGAGUUCAUUAUCAUGGUGAUAGACUCGACAGAUAGGGAAAGGCUGGCGGUGACGCGCGAGGAACUGUACCGGAUGCUGCAGCAUGAGGACUUGGCCAAGGCGAGUUUACUAGUUUAUGCGAAUAAACAAGACUUAAAGGGCUCCAUGAGUGCCGCAGAAAUAUCCCGACAAUUGGAUUUAACGUCCAUCAAGAAGCACCAAUGGCACAUACAGGCGUGCUGCGCUCUCACUGGCGAAGGACUCUAUCAAGGACUGGAAUGGAUUGGACAGAGGAUUAAGAAGAAAUGACAACCAGAUGACUAAUUGUAGGCGUGCGCGCGAGAGGGGAAACAUUUAACCGACUAAAUUGUAUUAAAUGAUAAGUUAAUUUAAUAUGGGUGAGCGAUGAAAGAGUGGAGAAAGUCACCUUGAGCGGGAGAUCUUUUUCCAGUAAACAAAAAAAAUGAUUUACGUAAGCAAAGUGGAUAGUUCAAUUUCUUAUUAUAAAAUACAUCUUUUUUGUACAAGUUGUGAGUCUCUCCCCGAAAAAAAACAACAUUUGAUAGGUAGUAAAUUCCACAAACUCCUUCAAGUGUGGUUGUAAACGUUUUUUUUUUUCUUUGAUAGACGCGACUUUGAGAGUUGUGCACUUAUUUGAUUCCUCAAGUUGUGUUUCUUUUCCACCCUCAACUUGAGAUUUAAGACAGAAAAAGCGUGUGUUUAAGUGUAAUUCUUUCACCCCAAAUUAUCCCAAUUGAGGGAAGAUGUAUGAAAAAAAAUGUAAUGGAGUUUAAUGCGCGGAGAGAGAUUGUUGUAAAUAUUUUCACGAGAGACAGGAGAAG